CUCCAUUUUCAAACCACAUCAAAAUACCCAUUCCUCCUCCUCAAUCUCCUCUCCUCCCAAUUGCAAUUUUUAAUUGCAAUUGAUUUUCCUUUUACCUCUGGAGGAUUAGAUAUCCCUCUCUAAUAAUGUUUCGCAACGCCCUCAGACAGUCCACGCGCGCCGUGAGCGCAAUUUCUGCCUCGGGCAGAGUCGUUGCGACACGAAAUGCCGCACCCGCCGUCUUCAACGUCCAGGCCCGAUCCUACGCCGAAGCGAAAGCCACACCCACCGAGGUCUCUUCCAUUCUUGAGCAGAGAAUUCGUGGUGUAUCGGAAGAAUCCAGCUUAGCUGAGACUGGCCGUGUUCUUUCUGUCGGUGAUGGUAUCGCGCGUGUGCACGGUAUGGCCAACGUCCAGGCCGAAGAGCUCGUCGAGUUCGCUUCCGGUGUGAAGGGAAUGUGCAUGAACUUGGAAGCUGGACAAGUUGGUGUUGUGCUGUUCGGUUCUGACCGUUUGGUCAAGGAGGGCGAGACCGUUAAGCGUACCGGAGAAAUCGUCGAUGUCCCCGUCGGCCCUGAACUGCUCGGCCGUGUUAUCGAUGCUCUUGGUAACCCCAUCGACGGCAAGGGUCCUAUCAACGCCAAGGAGAAGCGCCGAGCUCAGCUUAAGGCUCCUGGUAUCUUGCCCCGACAAUCCGUCAGAGAGCCCGUGCAGACCGGUCUCAAGUCCGUCGACGCUAUGGUUCCCAUCGGUCGUGGCCAGCGUGAGUUGAUCAUCGGCGAUCGUCAGACCGGAAAGACUGCCGUCGCUCUCGAUGCCAUGCUUAACCAAAAACGAUGGAAUGACGGCAAGGACGAGUCCAAGAAGCUAUACUGCAUUUACGUUGCUGUUGGUCAGAAGCGAUCUACCGUCGCCCAGCUCGUCAAGACUCUCGAGGAGAACGACGCCAUGAAAUACUCCAUCGUUGUUGCUGCCACCGCGUCCGAGGCCGCCCCUAUGCAGUACAUCGCUCCCUUUACCGCGAGUUCCGCGGGUGAAUAUUUCCGUGACAACGGAAAGCACGCCCUUGUGAUCUUCGACGAUCUCUCGAAGCAAGCUGUCGCUUACCGUCAAAUGUCCCUUCUUUUGCGUCGUCCCCCCGGACGUGAGGCUUACCCCGGUGAUGUUUUCUACCUCCACUCUCGUCUGUUGGAGCGUGCUGCGAAGAUGAACAACAAGCUCGGCGGUGGUUCCAUGACUGCCCUGCCCAUCAUCGAGACCCAGGGUGGUGAUGUGUCUGCUUACAUUCCUACCAACGUCAUUUCCAUUACCGACGGCCAAAUCUUCUUGGAGGCUGAACUAUUCUACAAGGGUAUUCGACCUGCCAUCAACGUCGGUCUUUCCGUGUCUCGUGUCGGUUCCGCUGCUCAGCUUAAGGCCAUGAAGCAAGUCGCUGGUUCGCUCAAGCUUUUCUUGGCCCAGUACCGUGAAGUUGCCGCUUUCGCCCAGUUCGGUUCCGAUUUGGAUGCCGCCACCAAGCAGACCCUCAACCGUGGUGAACGCUUGACCGAGCUUCUCAAGCAGAAGCAAUACUCUCCUAUGGCUGUCAACGAGAUGGUUCCCCUAAUCUUCGCCGGUGUCAACGGUUUCCUCGACCAAGUCCCCGUCAACAAGAUUCUGCAAUGGGAGUCAGACUUCCUAGCUCACCUGAAGACGAACGAGUCUGAUCUGCUCGCUACGAUCGACAAGGAGGGUGCGCUCAGCAAGGAUCUUGAGCAAAGGUUGCGGGAUAUUGUCUCCAACUUCACCAAGAGCUUCAUCUCCUAAACGCAUCACAAAAGGCAUCAAACGGGGGGACUGUUUAUACCUUAAGGGCCUAUGAUGGUAGAUCAUAUUUUGUUUAGAGAGGUACAUGGCGGUAAGGGUGCUGAUUAGUGAGGAGAACGACGGGUUUGAGACGGAAGCACUCCAAUUCUGACCCUUGUAAAAUAGAGCCCAAAACUCAAGAGCACUCGAUUCUUUUUGUCCAUAUUGUGUAGUAGCUCCGUCUUAUCGUGUAAAUGCGUGCCGUAAUUUUACCAUGAGGUAGGAUUAAGAUUUGAAGGAGCAAUCGGCUACGUUAUUGGAUGUGUGUUUUUGAUGACAUCAUAUUCAAUAUAUCGAAC